AUGCCCGUGGGAGUAUCGCUCUCACAGCUCAUUGCAGAGAGUCCCGAGCCACUGGUAAGUGGUAUCGAAUCAUUAGACGAAGCUCUUGGUGGCGGAUUUCAACCGCGCUCAAUCUACGAGGUCUACGGGCCCCCAGGUACUGGCAAAACACAGCUAGGAAUCUCACUCGUAGAGCGAUCUCAAGGCCCUACACUAUGGAUUGAGACAUUUCAAACCCUACCGACAAGUUUACUCUCACCCACAGCCAAACAACACUGUUUUCGAACGCGUUGCACCAAAUUUACCCAACUUCUCUACCUAUGGCAAACCCUCUCUGAGCCCUAUCCGCUAGUGAUCAUUGACGGUCUCUCCCAACUUCUUUGCGACCACAUGAACCAUUUGGAACAACGCUCCUCAGGCCUCAACAAUUUACAUGACACGAAAUGUAAACACUUGGCAACCUUAUUCACCGCUAUAACCAAAUACGCUCACCAAACAAGCUCUAUGGUAUUGCUGUUGAACCACUGCAUGAAUACGUCACACCUAAAUGGCGCCUUGGCUCCCUUCGAGCAGGAUCUCGAUGUGGUCGAUGACGGUAGCUAUUUCUUGGUCACCUCUACAGCCAAGAGAAACGUGCAAGUACUACGGAGUGCCUUGGUCGCCUCAGGAGUAGCCAUGGGGCCCCGCGAUUCCCGAUGGGAAUGUUUUCUGACUCGAAGAAUCGCCCUCUUUUGGCAAUGGGAUCCCUCCUCUUCUGCCCGCAACAAACCCAACAAGUCCAGGAUUGCCAUCUUGACAACACCGGCUCGCAGAGAUGCCGUUCAGGUGCCUUGUAAGGUGCAGCAAACCCUCCACGUAAUGCAGGACGACGUGGUGUGGGACAGUGAGGGAUAA